AUGUCUAGAACUUCAUCGAAAAAAUAUUCUAAUAUACUGAUCCUGUUAAUUUAUAGGCCAAAAGAUGGACGUAAACAGAAUUGUCUUGUUCAAAUUUCUGGCUCAUCUGAAAAGAAGGAGUUAGUAAAAAAUAAUAUAAAAUAUUUGCUCUUAAAUACACUUUCUGACAAUCAAGAAAUGACUCUUAAAUCAUCACAACGUGUUUGGGUUAUUGAUAAAAACCUAGCCUGGGAUAAUCUAAUAUAUUUGGCAGUUAGUCGUGUAGAAUAUUUAAGCCAACUCAUUUGG